AUGAAAUACGACCAAGUAAUUCUACUUGAACCUUCCCUGACUCAACAAGCAACACAGGUGGCAGACAGGAGAACAUGGUUACUGCAGAACAAUAACAGCCGAGCAAAUUAUAAAGCCAUCAAACGAUUUUCAUCAAAUUAUAUAACAUCUUUGGAAAUAAACUCAAAUUACUCGAUUGAAUUGAAAAAUAUUCUAAAAAAACAUUUGUUGACCAUGCGCCAAAAAAUUACUGAUCGAUUUGGAGAACUUUUUGAUAGGUUUAUUCCAUUGGGAUUCAAAGUGGACCACCCUGACGAAAAAUGGCUAUUCAAGGAGGAGCCGCACGUGCAAAGGCGUAAGGCAAUUUUGAAAGAUCAUCCUGAAGUGAAAAACUUGAUGGGCUACGACACAACCCUCGCUUUUGCUGUCCUCUUCAUCGUUUCUCUCCAAUUUUUUGUUUCCUUUGUUGUCGUCAGAGAGGCUUCGUGGCCCGUCUUGUUGUUGCUAGCUUACGUCGUUGGAGCAACAUGCAAUCAUUCACUUGGAGCAGCUAUUCACGAAAUAGGACACAACUUGGCAUUCGGUCAUUCACACAUCCUGGCCAAUAGAAUUUUGGGCAUGUUUGCCAACCUACCGUGGGGCAUACCGAUGUCGGUAACGUACAAGAAGUAUCAUACGGACCAUCAUCUUUACAUGGGUCAUGACACUCUUGAUGUUGACAUACCAACGGUUAUUGAGUCAUAUCUUUUUAGACAUCCAAUUACUAAAAUAAUCUGGCUGCUCGUUCAUCCUGUCAUACACGGUCUGAGGCCAUACUUCAAGAGUCCAAAACCGAUUUGGAAAUUGGAAGUUGUUAAUUUUAUUGUUCAGAUCUCAUUUGAUUUAUUCGUCUUGUACGUAUUUGGAAUAAAAUCGUUGAGCUAUUUUGUUGCUGGUUCCUUGUUGGGGCAGGGUGGUCUGCAUCCAUUAACUGGGCAUUUUUUCUCUGAACAUUAUCUCUACAUAAAAGGUCAAGCAACAGUAAGUUACUAUGGACCGUUAAACUUUUUUAUGUUCAACCUUGGGUAUCACGUAGAACAUCACGAUUUUCCUUACAUUCCAUAUAGAAAGUUACCUGAACUUAAAAAAAUGUGCCCUGAAUAUUACGACGAUUUGCCAUAUCACACUUCGUGGGUUAAAGUGAUUUGGGAUUUUGUGUGGGACAGUGAUAUGGGACCUCACGCGAGAGGUGUCGGCUAUCUUCCGGAGGGCAGGUCAGAAGUUGAUAUCUUAAACUCUGAUAAGAAGAAAUGAUGAAUCAACUUUUUAUUAUUAAAUCAAUAAAUUCUAUAUAAAAAUAAAGUCAAAGUGAGAACAGGUAGAUUGCUGCUUAUAUGUUCAUCUCGUGUGUAUUUUGUCUACAUUUAGCAUAUAUUAAUAUUAGAAUAUCAAAUCUACAACACUGCUUGAAAUAUAUAAUGUAAACACAUUUGUAAUUCAUUCAUUUUCUAAUGUCUUUACCAAAAGUUGUUAAUAGGUAUAUAAUAAUUUUAUUUCGUCAAACUCGUGCGUCUGUGCUGUUGGUAUAAUUUUUGACUGUGGACCAAAUUAAAUUUGUGCGUACUUUUUAUAAAUAUAUUUACAAACAAUUUUUAUAAACAAAUAUUUGUCUGUUUGCAUAUAUGUAUAAUUGCCUUAUGUUUUCCAACAUUCAUUCUUUUGUCAAUUGAAAUUGUCACUUCGCUUGUUGGAGAACUGAGCAGCUCCACGAAAUAUAUGUAGGAUAGCACUUAAAAAUACUAGCAAUAUACUUGCAUCUAACUUUUAUCAGCAAAAAUUUGUUGACUUGUUUUUUCAAUUUUAAUGGUAAAAAACAAUCACUUUGUGCAUCCUUCAAUUUUGAUACAUUCCAUCCACUUUGUUAUUUUAUUAAAUAAACAAAUUUUAAUUGU